GAAGCAGCUGAUUAAAACUUUUCACCGGAACAAAGGCGUGUAGUUUAUACGGAUCUGUCAACCUGACGGACAUCUGUGUGUGUGUGUGUGUGUGUGUGUGUGUGUGUGUGUGUGUGUGUGUGUGUGUGUUUAAGGAAGAGAUUUAUCAGCGUGCAGCGAUGGAAUGUGUGUGUGUGUUGUAACGCGUGAGCAUUCCUACACUUCUCCAGUGUACAGAGAUCUACAACACUCCUCCUGUAUACGGAUAUGUGCUUCACUAGAUGAAGAUCAUCUGUUCAGCAGAACAGCGGCGACAUCAAAUCUGUGCCUUAUGGCAGCCAUGUUUUUCACCUUGCUCCUCUUCCUCUCGUUUCCUCCGUCGCUUCCUUCACGGCCGUUUGCAGAGGCACCGGUGACCCUCGACGUGGGUGGGAACGUCGGCAGCGGCAUCGCGAUCGACCAGUCCCGAGGCGAUGAGGUUAGAAGCUCGAACACAGUAAGACCAAAGGAAACCAAUCUGAACCAAAACGAACCAGAGGCCGAUCAAAGCAGUACUGCUCGAAAUAACCACAGAGUGAAGCAAAACACCAGCGAAAGCGGUCAAAGCGACGGGACCCUUACACGUCACCUGCCGGAUAUCAUCAUCAUCGGAGUGAGAAAGGGUGGGACAAGAGCGCUCCUGGAGAUGUUGAGCCUUCACCGCGCUGUUGCGGCGGCUCAAAGUGAGGUUCACUUCUUCGACUCGGAUGCUCACUACAAGAAGGGGCUCGAGUGGUACGUAUCCCAGAUGCCGCUGUCUCGAACCGAUCAGCUGACCGUAGAAAAGACCCCGGCCUACUUUACCUGUUUGGACGCGCCAGCGCGAAUCCUUCACAUGAACCCUUCCGUCCGGCUCUUGCUAAUUGUCCGAGACCCUGUGGACCGCGUUCUGUCAGAUUACACGCAGGUUUUCCACAAUCAGCUCCAAAAGCACAAAACUCCCCAGCCCAUCGAGGACCUCCUGAUUCGCGACGGCGACCUCAACCUGAACUACAAAGCUGUGAACCGGAGCAUGUAUCACCCACACAUGGAGCGAUGGCUACAGGUUUUCCCCCGCGACCGCUUUCACAUAGUGGACGGCGACGCGCUCAUCAAAGACCCCUUCUCGGAAAUGAAAAAAGUCGAACGUUUUUUGCGCCUCGAGCCGCAGAUUACCGAAGAGAACUUUUACUUCAAUCGGACAAAAGGCUUCUACUGUUUGAAGGAACAAGGCCACGAGCACUGCCUGCACGAAUCGAAAGGACGGACGCAUCCCAACGUGGCCCCAGAAGUCCUGCAGAAAUUAUGUAAAUACUUUCAGGAGCCAAACAGGAAAUUCUUUGAACUCGUAGGAAGAACAUUUGAUUGGAAGUGAGAACGGGGCGAAUCGGGGGAAACGAUCGCAACAUGGCGCAGGAACGGGGUGGAAGGUUUAUACAAAAGCUCGUUUGCCCACCCAUGCAAACAGUUCUAUAAACUUGUACUGUAGAAAGACAGUGACAUACUGUGAAAACCACUAUGCUUCAGGUUGACUCCAGUUGUGAGAAUGGACAAUUUAAAAACUCCAAUUUUCAAGAAACAAACAGGAAGGCUUUUGAGUGUGUGACUCAAAACUAGAAAAUCCUAGAAAAUAAAAAAAUUAAAAACAGCUUGCCUUUGAUAUACAGGACAGAAUCCUGGAAAAGAUCUACGAUCUACAUCUGGUUUCUGCCACUUUUGAAGAAAUGUCAGUAAAUAAAUACUGCACACAAAUGACUGUAAUGUGAAAAUCUGCUGCAGUGAACAUGCGGGACGUUCCGUCAGAGCAUGACAUCAUAUAUUUAAUCUCGGAUUAAGAAUAGAGCUAAGCAACAUUAUUUAUUACAAUCGAUGCUCAUUGACCUUCAUAUACAGCUGACCGACACCCUACACGAACACAAUGUAGACGUCAUAGGAAAUAAAAUCAGCUGAAACUGGGGUGUGAAACAAAAGGAAAGCGCACACACACACACACACACACGCACACAAAUCCCCCACAUCUCAUUUUUUAUUAUUAUUAUUAUUAUUAUAUUUUUAAUAUGAACAUUAUUUUUUUUUAAUAUAUGCUUUAGCACAGUAGUUAAGAAAACAAUGCAACAUAAUGAUUUAUAGACAUUUUUAAUUUCUGUGAUUAUUUUGUAAUAAUUUUAUUAUAUGAACUUAUUACCUCAUGAUAUUGUGCUUUUUUUUCCAAAGGGAUUAAAAAAUAAACCCCAAAAACAUUUUACAAACAUGGAAAGCAACAAGUGGGCAGCCAAUUGCAGUAUAAUAAAAAUAAUAUUGAUAAUAAAUAUGAUAACUACGAUA